AUCGCGCAACGAUCUCACGGGGCAAACCAAGAAACCCCAACCCCACCGCGCACGCCGAAACCUCGCAGGCAAUCCGGCCGCCGCCGCCGCCGUAGCACCAGCAACAGCAGCAGGAGGGAGAUGUCGUUCCGGGCGCGGGAGAUUUACAAGAAGGUGGUGCGCCGCGUGGGUGGGGAGGGGAAGCUGCCGGCGGAACUGAUGGAGUCGGUGAAGAACAUGAUGCCCAACAGCAAGGUCGUCAUGGGUCGGGCCAAGCGCGGCAUCUUCGCCGGCCGCCACAUCCAGUUCGGCAACAAGGUCUCCGAGGACGGCGGCAACAAGUCAAGACGGCAUUGGAAGCCAAAUGUUCAGGAGAAACGUCUUUUCAGCUAUAUUCAUGACCGGCACAUUAGAGUCAAGGUAACCACUCAUGCACUGCGGUGCAUUGACAAAGCUGGUGGGAUCGAUGAAUACCUCCUGAAGACACCGUACAACAAAAUGGAUACUGAGAUGGGGAUAGCCUGGAAGGCUAAGAUUGAGAAACUGUAUUCAGAGCUAGCUGGAAUGGAAGUUGGUUUCUUCCCUCCUGAGGAAGAGGCUAAAAUUGAGCAGGGUUUUGAGGAGGUUCGAUCUGCCAAGAGAGAGUUCCGUAGGGAAUCAAGAAGGGUUUUGGCUUUGGCAAAGCAGAGUCAGCUAGAAGCAGGUAAAGCUGAUAAUGACGAAACAACUGAAGUCGCUGAUACAAAUGAAGAAGUGUCUGAUGUUGCAGAGAAGUCUUAGCCUGGAUCUGCAUGCCCAUCAUGAGUGGUAAAUAUAAAAAGCAGAAGAGAAACAUUGAUGUCCUUUAGCAAAUAAUGGAAGGUUUUUAUUUCAUAUGAAGAGGGGAGAAUGACUUGCGAGUUAACUGCCUCCUUCUGGGAACAGCAAUGUAUCUUAAGCCUAACUGCCUAAGUUUACCAUAUAUCGGCAGCAUCACGGUGUUGUAAGCUGUUGCAAAUUUAGUGGAAAUUUUGUACAACUGUUGAAUACUCUAGUGUCAAAAUUCAGGUAAUUUUCUGCUA